AUGGCGUCCAGAAUCUUGCAGAUCACUGUCGCAGCUUUUGCCUUGACCACUGCGGUCAGCGCAGUCCCUCAGCAAUACCCCAACAAGUGCGGCGACCAGGUUUGCCCAAGCGACAAGCCCAACUGCUGCGCCGUCAAUGUGAAUGGCGUUGAAGAACUCGGCUGCUUUGCGGUCUGCCCCAAUCCACCACAGCAGUCGCAACGGCUUCAGCAGAGGCAACAGGGCGUUGAGUGCGGCGACUCCAUCUUUUGCAAGCCUAACCAGCUUUGCUGCGCCGUCAUCUACAAUGGCGUCGAAGAGCGAGGGUGCUACGACGGCCCUCAAUGCCCUCCUCUCAACCCGGCCACCACCAUGACCACCAUGACCACGACAACCGCCGCCUCUCCCGCCGCCACUGCUGGUCCCAAGUGCGGCGAUUCCUUCUUCUGCCCUGUUGGCAAGGUGUGCUGCCCCAACAAGCUUUAUACUUGCGCCGACACUGUUGAUCAGUGCCCCAAGUAA